AUGUCCUCCUUUGCGCCGCCUCCGGGUCCUCCCCCGCCGACUGUGCCGGAGGGGUGGAAAGCCCAGUAUGACGACCGAUACCAGACAUGGUUCUACAUCAACAUCGCCACGGGUAAAUCACAAUGGGAACGUCCCGAGGCACCGCCACCCGGCACCCGGCCUGACGGCCCUCCGCCCAGUGCAGUUUCCGGGGAAUCCUUCCCAGACGACAAAAAGCAGCCAAUGGCCUCCAACAACCCCUACAACCCCACAAACAGCGUCCAUGGCAGUCCGAACCCGAACGCCAACCACCUCGAUGACGAUGCCCGGCUCGCCGCAAAACUGCAAGCCGAGGAAGACUCGCGCGCGGGCAGCCGCGGGGCUAGCGACCGCGGCGCCGCCACCGACUACUACGGCAACCCAGCGCAAGGCGCGCCCGCUUACGGCGCAGGACCGUCGCAGAGCCCGCAGCCGCAAUCGCAAAGCCCUAUGCCCGAGCAAAAGCGCAGCAAGGGCGGGUUCCUGAGCAAGCUGAUGGGCAAGAGCUCCGGGAGUUCCCGGCCGCCCCAGCAGCAGUACGCCUCGUAUGCCCAGCAGGGACCGCCCGGUGGAGGAUACUACGGCGGAUAUCCCGCGCACGCGGGUCCGCAGCCUGGAUAUGGGUAUCCUCCGCAGGGGUAUGGAGGAGGCGGGUAUGGAGGGUAUCCCCAGGGUGGAGGGUAUUAUCCGCAGCAGCAGGUGCCGCCGCGGAAGAGCGGGGGCAUGGGGACUGCGGGGGCGGCGGCGCUGGGUGUUGGGGGUGGAUUGCUGGGUGGGUUGUUAAUCGCGGAUGCGGUGGAGGAUAUGGGGGAUCAUAAUGAUUACAAUGAUAAUGGGGGAGGGGAUUGGGGUGGUGAUGGUGGUGGUGGUGACUUUGGCGGGGGCGAUUUCUAA